AUGACGUUUCACCAGGAAGAUCACAAACUUUUGAUGAUUCCCGGCCCGAUCGAGGUUGCGGAUGAUGUACUGUAUGCGAAUGCACACGCUGCUGUCGCACACGUAUCUCCGCAGUUUGUGCCCGUCUUUGGCGAGGUGCUCCAGAUGCUGCGCAAGACUGUCGAUGCACCCAGUGCGCAGCCGAUCGUUGUUGCAGGCUCCGGAACGAUGGGCUGGGACAUGAUUUCGCUGAAUGUGCUGCAGCCUGGCGACGAUGUGCUUGUGCUCACGACGGGCUACUUUGGUGACGCGUUCGCGGACGCGCUCCGCACCUAUGGCGUCCAAGUCGAGCAGCUUCGUGCUCCCGUUGGCGGUCGCCCGGGCCCCGACGAGAUUCGUGCGAAGCUUGAGAGCAAGAAAUUCCGUGCGAUCACCAUUACGCAGGUAGACACGAGCACGGCAGUGCUGAGCGACAUCAAGGCUGUCUCAGAGCUCGUUCACCAGGUCAGUCCCGAAACGCUCGUUGUUGUCGACGGUGUGUGCAGUGUCGCCUCCGAGGAGAUCCACAUGGACGCGUGGGGCAUUGAUGUGAUCAUGACCGCAUCGCAGAAAGGCCUCGGCUGCCCUCCAGGUCUUUGCAUCGUCAUGGCUGGCCCUCGCGCCAUUCAGGCGCUGGAGUCUCGCAAGUCCCCUGCCACCUACUACCUCAACUGGAACAGGUGGAUCCCUGUGAUGAAGUCGUACGAGGCGGGUACGCCGAUCUACUUUGGCACGCCUCCCACGAACCUCAUUUACGCGCUCCACCAGAGCUUGAAGACGAUCACCGAGGGACCCGUUUCGCUCCAAGAGCGCUACAAGAUGCAUCGCGAAGCGUCCAAGAAGGUCAAGGAUACGAUUAGGUCUCUCGGUCUCAAGCAGCUGGUCUCCGAGGAGCUUCAGGCGAGCAAUGGCGCGUCGAACAGCAUGACGGCAGUGUGCUACCCCGACGGCCUCGGCGCCGCCGAUAUUCUCCCCAAGAUGGCGCAGCGCGACAUUGUUUUUGGUGCUGGUCUCUUGAAAGACUACAAGGACAAAUACUUCCGCAUUGGCCACAUGGGUGUGUCGGUCAUUGAUCCGAAGCGCAAGGACAUUGACAGAAUCAUGCAGAACCUUGGCGAGGUGCUCGCCGAGGCUGGGCACAUCAACUAG